AUGGUGAAAGCUGCUGUCCUUGGAGCAUCUGGCGGCAUUGGCCAGCCAUUGUCUUUGCUCUUGAAAACAUGCCCUCUCGUCGAUGAGCUGGCCCUGUAUGAUGUUGUCAACACCCCCGGUGUUGCCGCUGAUCUCUCUCACAUCUCUUCUGUCGCUGUAUGUGCCCAAUGUGCUUCAAAAACCCUUAUGAUGCGACAUAAAGCAUCGGCAUCUCACGUGUUUUGCCCAUACACGCAGAAAAUUUCGAGCUUUUUGCCCAAGGACGAUGGGUUGAAGCAUGCCCUAACCGGAACCGAUGUUGUUGUCAUUCCCGCCGGGAUUCCCCGGAAGCCGGGUAUGUCGCGUGACGACCUUUUCAAAGUCAACGCCGGCAUUGUACGCGAUUUAGUCAAGGGUAUCGCUGAUUUCUGCCCCAAGGCGUUCGUUCUCAUCAUUUCAAAUCCUGUCAACUCGACAGUUCCGAUUGCCGCAGAAGUGCUUAAAGCCGCAGGUGUCUUCGACCCCCAGCGUCUAUUCGGUGUAACUACGUUGGAUGUUGUUCGUGCGGAGACCUUUACUCAGGAAUUCUCGGGCCACAAAAACCCUUCCGCCGUCAAGAUCCCAGUCGUGGGCGGUCACUCAGGCGAGACCAUUGUUCCUCUCUUCAGCAAAGCUAGCCCCUCGUUCCAGAUCCCUGCUGAAAAAUAUGAUGCAUUAGUCAAGCGCGUCCAAUUCGGCGGUGACGAGGUUGUUCAGGCCAAGGAUGGUGCAGGUUCUGCCACACUCUCUAUGGCGUUUGCUGGAUUUAGAUUCGCUGAGAGUGUCAUCAAAGCAUUCAAGGGUCAGACAGGAAUCAUCGAACCCACUUAUGUUUACUUGCGUGGCGUGCCUGGUGGUGAAGCCAUUGCCAAUGCUACUGGUGUUGAUUUCUUCUCUACUCAAGUAGAACUUGGGACCAACGGCGCUGAGAAGGCUAUUAAUAUCCUUGAAAACGUGACUGAACAGGAGAAGAAGCUUCUUGCGGUUUGCACAAAGGGCCUGGAAGGCAAUAUUGUAAAGGGCAUUGACUUUAUCAAGAACCCACCACCAAAGUAA